GAUUCCAUUCAUUGGCGAUAUGCCUCACGUCGCCUUCAUGCGCUGGGCGACGACCUACGGAAGCGUCGUCGGCGUGCAGCUGGGAGCGGAGCGCGUCGUCGUUUUGAACGACAGCGAUGCCGUCCGCGACGCCCUCGUCAAGCAAGCCGACGUCUUCGACGGCCGACCGCAACUCUACGUGUUUGAGAAGCUGAACGCAGGCAGAGGUCUAUUCAGCCGGGAGGGCAAACAGUGGCAGGAACAGCGCAAGUUCAACAUCAGAUGCCUGAGAAAUCUCGGCAUGGGAAAACACAACAUCGAGGAACGCACGCGCAUCGAAGCGCGCGCCCUGGUGGACAUCAUCCGCAACCAAGAUGGCGCCGCUUUCGACCCGCACUGCCAUCUAACGGUCGCCAUCGCAAACGUCAUCUGCACGAUGGUGUUCGGAGAACGUUUCGAACAUGGCGACGCGGAGUUCAAGUACAUGUUCCAGCUGUUCGAGGACAGUCUGCGAUUGGCCGAGUUUGCCGGAGCCGUGAACUUCCUGCCGUUCCUACGUCACUUUCCGAAUCUGACGAAAGUCGACAAGUUGCUCGAAAAUCGUCGCAAGGAGGUCGAGUUCAUCAACAAGCGCAUAGACGAGCACCGAGCUACCCUGGACGUCGAUAGUCCGCGCGACUUCAUCGACGCCUUCCUGAUCGAGAUCGAGCGCGCGAAGCAGCAGGGUACGAUCGACACGACCUUCACCGUCGAAGAGCUGCGCAUAGCGAUCAUGAUUCUGUUCAUGGCUUCUACGGAGACAACGCAGACGACGUUACGCUGGGGAAUCCUUCACCUGAUGGCCAAGCCUGACGUACAGGUACGCACCGUCAUUACACCUAAUUAACGCACCGUCAAGGUACACAUAGG